AUGUCGUCCCCUAUAAUUUUGAAAGGUGUAUUGACGAAUAAAAUAUGAUUUUCAAGUUCGGUUUGGGGAAAAUUUGUGUCAUUGAAAUCCUCAUCUUUAGUAAAAUAGGUCAGAGUUUGUAGCCAUGGUACCAUGAAGUAUUUACCGGGCAUCUUGGUGAAUUUGAACCACAUCAUCACUGCUCGGCAAUUUUGUUUAGAACAGAGAACGAUCGAUGCAAAGAGAACCGCGAAAAAUGAGAAAACUUUGGGACCAUAAACAUGGAGCAUAUCGCACCUGUUCACAGGUGGCUUGUCAAUUUGAAUAAAGAUUCGGUGAGCAAGAUUUACUAAACAAGUCAGUUGACAUCAAAACUCAUGCGUCUAGCCCGGCAGCGAAAUGCAAAAAAGCCGUCAAAAAAGCCGAAAACAAUGAAAUUGUUCAACAAAAGAAGAAGUUGCUUGGGAACUAUGAAGGACAGUUUAUAGUGAAGGCUUCGGUGAGAAACAGCUGGUAAAUUUCCAUUUCGUUCUAAGAUUCUACUGGCUAAACAAGGGCAGGCAUAGCGAGAUCAAUCGAUCGAGCAAGGUCAAAAUUACAAUUGGAAAUCUCGCAGAGGAUCUCGAAAAGUCUUGAUUAAUUUGGGCAGCAGCUGGAAUCAUGCUUUAUCGUUUUGUUAAUUUCUGGUUGAUGGACAUUACCGCCAGCUUGCUAGUGUUUAUAAGCGCUUGGUAUGGCAAGAUAAUGCGACGGAAGAUGAAAAGCAGAGAAAUUAGCAGAGAAGCUGUCUUUGCAGCGAAAGAAAAGGACUUAGAUAAUGAAGUGGUCGAGUCACACUUUUGCGCAACGCUGGCGAGGCUAUUUCUUUACGCGAUUUAUUUUGUCUUGAUGGCCGCGUCUGUUGUUCUUUUCCAGUCGCAUCCUUACAUCAUGAUUUCAGUCCAACACAUAACAGUCAUUUUCUGUAUUAUGCUGAUAUUUUUUCAGUGGUUCAGGCCAUACAUUGCGCUGUGUUUUGGAGGACUCUUCUCGAUAACCUGGCUCAUGAGCGCUGCCACGACGUUUCGGUGGGUCAUAAAUGACAUAGUGAUCGGACUUUUCGCGCUCCUUGUAAGUCACGUGCAUUUUCAAAACUUUCCGUCGCUGCAAAUGUUUUUGUGGAUUGCAGUGGUAUAUGACGUUUGCCUGGUGAAAACGAUCUCUCAAGGUAUUCCUUCGUUGUUUAGCACGGGUGACUAUUGUGACACAGUGUUGUGCAAAGCCUUCGAAGUCAGUGACGCUUGGGAGCUUCCAACUAUAUUCACAUUCAAGAUUGGCCCGCGCGAGGGACAUGUGUAUCUCGGUGCUGGAGACAUUAUCAUUGGUUGUAUGGUAGCGAACUUUUCUCAGAUGUUUUUUAGGUCGUCAAAAUACUUGUCUGGGACAGUGCUGAGUUACGCGGUGGCGAUCGCUUUGUUGAGCCAAGUAGAAAACGAGCCUUAUCCCGCUCUCGUUACCAUUGUUCCUUUGUGCAGUUUUCAACUAGUUGUCUCGGCUAUUCUGUCGCAAAAGGCGAGGAGAUUGUUUUCAUUUCAGUGCUUAGAGAGUGGCAGACAACGAGGAGGAUUAGCCCGAGAAAUAGAACUUCUCAUAUAAACUGGCAUCUCGGCACCAGUUACUGUUGGCUAAUUUUGCACAGUCCGACGUAAUUGUCAUGGUUCUCGCGAUCAACCGAUCUUUCCUCUUAGGGCCGACGCAGUGUUCUUCCUACAAACGCGAGCAAAGAAAAAUUGGUCUUGUCCGUCUCUCGUGAUAUUCGAAGAGAGAAAAAGACCGACUGCAAGCUGUCGAAGAAGUCUGUCGAAUUAAGUUCACUACUGAUGGCUGAAAAUUGGGUAAAAUUUUAACUGUCAGCUCAGAAGUCCUGCCUUUGGAAAUUUAAUGUGUGAUUCUCACGGUGCUUUUUUUUCAAGUGUUCAUAUAAUACCUCCAAUUUUAUGACCUGCCGAUUCCCAUUAGUUUUGCGAUUGGACUUUUAAAACUGUUUCUCAGAGUCGCUAUACCAACCUUCCAUCUCUCCUUAUUUCUGGCACUUGUUUCUUUUUUUUCUUACGACUGACAAGAUGUUAAGUCUCUUUUCCUGGGUUCUGAUUACUGUCGUUUGAGUUGAAUUUUAACUUGAAAACAUGAUUUAAUUAGCCGGAAUAAAUGUAACGUAAUUGGCCU